CGGGAUUUCGGGAAUGCUGCCUGGGGCCGGCAUGGCGGGCAGCUGGGUGCUGGCCCUGGGCUUGGGGCUCUGCCUCAGUGCUCUGCAGCGGGGAGGCUGCCACCCCCCCGGCACGGCCAUGGCACCCCAAACUGCAGCUGUGCUGCGGGACAAUUUCCGCCUGCAGCCGAGCGAUUUGGUGGCCACGGUGGGACAAGUGUUGGAGCUGGAUUGUGUCCCCCCCUCGGGGCACCCCGAGCCCCGCGUCACCUGGAAGAAGGACGGGGUGACCUUGGACUCGGCGGGUGACAGGUACGUGGUCACCAACGGGAAGCUGCGGGUGGCACCGGCGCAACGGAGCGACUCCGGGAUCUACGUGUGCGUGGCGGCCAACGCGGCGGGCAGGAGGGAGAGCCGCGGCGCCCGCGUCUCCGUCCUCGAGAAGCCGACCAUUGUGCGGCACCCAAGUGACACCGUGGCGGCGGCCGGCGGCACCGUGGAGCUGAACUGCAGCGCCCAAGGUGACCCAAUGCCGCGGGUGCAGUGGCACAAGGAGCGUGGGGACCUGCCCUGGGGCAGGCAUGAGGUGGACCAGGAGCACACCUUGCGCCUCUACGCCGUGACGCUCGCCGAUGCCGGCACCUAUGUGUGUACAGCGCAGAGCCAGCUGGGCACCGCCGCGGCCACCGCGCUGCUCCGCGUGGAGGAGCGGCUGCCGCCGGGCCGGCGCGACGCUGCUCCUCGGGACCUGCUGGCCAUGAGGCUGCACUUGGACAACGGCACCGUGCUGCCCACCUCGGCCGUGCGGCUCCGCUGGCGGAUGCUGAUGAGGACACCGGUGAUGAUGGGCUACAUGGUGCUGUACCGCUCUCUGGUCCCGACCACCACCUCCUGGGUCCAACAUGAUGCAGGCAAGGAGCUCAGCACCAUCAUCCCCGCGCUCCGCAGGGGCUACAAGUAUGAGUUCAAGGUCCGACCUUACACUGGAGGAACCCAGGGCUUGGACAGCAACAGUAGAUACCUCUGGAUACCUGAGGAAGUGCCAAGCGCGGCGCCCCGGCACAUCACCGUGGUCCAAGCUGAGAUGGGCAACGGCACCGUGGUUGUGAGCUGGGAUCCACCUCCUCCUGAGGCCCACAAUGGCAUCAUCCGCGGCUACAAGGUGUGGUCGAUGGCCGAGGGCUGGCAGCGCCCCACCAACAGGACUGUUGACGGAGGCACCCACCGCCUGGAAACCCGCAUCCCGAGCCCUGGGGCCCAGCUCUGUGUCCGGGUGGCAGCUUUCAACGGUGCAGGGCUGGGGGUCCCCAGCAACGCCACCUGCAGCGCCAUCGGGGUGGCAGCAGGGAGCACGGGGCUGGUGCGGAUGCUGCGGCAGCCCGUUGUCAUCGCGGCCACCGGCUCGCUGCUCUGGUUGGCUUUGCUCGUCCUCCUCCUCCUCCUGUGCCAGCGCCGCGCCAGCCGGGACGCUGCCAUGCGCCGCAGGCUGGUGGCUGCGGAUGCGCCAUGGCUUGGUGGCCCCUGGAAACCCGGCUGUGCCCCACGGAACCGCAGCAGCAGCAGCAGCCUCCUGGGCAGCGACGGCAGGGACCCCUCCACCCUGUCCUUGGAGCCAUCAAGCCUUGGCCCCCCCACACCCUCCAACCACAGCAGUGCCUGUGUGGGGCACCCACCACCCCUUGGGGACACGGGGUGCUGCAGGGGGGGACACCCUGGGGUGCGCACAUCACCCAGCACCCCAAACCCAGCACCCUUGGAGAGGCUCCGCAAGAGAGAGCUGCAGCAAAUGCACAGCACCCCAGUGCUCACCGGUGGCCCUGGGCAUGUCCCCAUCCAUGGAAGCGGAAGCAAGUGGGGCCCGGAUUUGGGGCUGGAGUGGCCUCAGCGACGGGGACACGAUGGUGACACUGGUGCGGUGGUGGCCGGAGGGGACCGGCAGCAGCUCCCGGUCUUCAGCACCCCAAAACCACGGCGGGGCAGCGCCUCCCUGGCCUCCGGUGCCGCGAGGUCCCCGGUGCCACCACCCCACGGCUGGCACCCGCCGGUGACGCGGUCCCCAGCGACCGGGUACCCCAGGGACACGUCCCCGGGCCCUGGGAGCCCCAGGGAUGUGUCACCGGCCACCAGGCACCCCAAGGACCCAUCACCAGUGACCAAGCACCAAAGGGACAUGUCACCGGCCACCAGGCACCCCAAGGACCCAUCAUCAGCCUCCAGACACCCUGAGGACAUGUCAGCAGCCACCGGGCACCCAAGGGACACGUCCCCAGCCACAAGGCUCCCCAAGGAGAAGUCUCCGGCCACUGGGCACCGCAGGGACAAGUUCCUGGCCAGCAGGUACCCUGAGGACACGUCACCAGCCAUGAGGCAUCCCAAGGACACAACCUCAGCCUCCGGGAACGCAAGGGACGCAUCCCCUGUCACCAGCAGAUACCCAAAGAACAUGUCACCAGCCAUGAAGCAUCCCAAGGACACAUCUCCAGCCACGAGGAACCCAAGGGACCCAUCGCCAGCCAUGGGGAACCCAAGGGACCCAUCGCCAGCCAUGGGGAACCCAAGGGACCCAUCACCAGCCACCAGGCACCCUGAGGAGAUGUCUCCAGUCCCCGGUCACCGCAAGGACACAUCCCUGCUCAUCAGGUACCCUGAGGACACGUCACCAGCCGUGAGGAAUCCCAAGGACACAACCGGACCCGCAGGGAACCCCAUGGACACAUCCCCUGUCACCAGAAACCCUGAGGAGAUGUCCCCAGCCCCUGGUCACUGGAGGGACAUGUUCUUGGGCACCAGGUACCCCAAAGACACAUCCGGGGCCACCAAGCACUCAAGGGACAUGUCCCCAGUCACCAGUCACCUCUCACCAGCACUCAGCAAUGGGCUCUUCACACAGCAGCGGGUGGCCAAGGAGAUGGAGGUGGACCAGGACACCAACUGCACCAGCCCCGCAGCACCCACCGCGCCGCUGUCCUUCUCCCCAUUGCACACCUACGGCUACAUCUAUGGGCCGCCAGCCUCCGAGCUGGGCGAGGAGGAGGACGAGGAGGAGGAUGAAGAGCAACCAGCGGCGAGGGGCUCCCCGGUGGGGUCACUGCUCAACGGGUGGGGGUCUGUCUCCGAGGACAACUUCACCAGCGCCCGCUGCAGCUUGGUGAGCUCCUGCGAUGGCUCCUUCCUCCUGGACGCCAGCUUCGCCCGGGCGCUGGCCGUGGCCGUCGAUGGCCUCUGCUUUGGUCUUGAGGACACCGAUGGGACCUACAGAGCAGGUCCCUCGCCACCACCAUCACCCUUGGAGAGGAUCUUCACACCCGGGGUCCCCAUCCCCACCUGGGAGUGGGGGACAGCGCUGGGAAUCCCACAGAGAAUCGGGAUGGAGGCGGCCGCGGGCACCCCGCAGUGUGGAGGCCAUGGACCAGGCAGUGGCAGCUCCUGGGCCAGGGUGGGCGGUGAGAUGGGGACAGGAGGGACAGGAGCAUGGAGGUCCCCAGGGUGCAGGAGUCGCCUCGGCUCGGCCAAAAUCCAGCUUUAUUAAGUGGUGCCCCAAAAAGGGGCUCUUUGCAGCAAAAGCCACCCACAAAGGGGGGGUGGCACUAAGGUGGGGGGUGACCUUCCUUCUCCAGCAUCCUUCCCCACUGUCCUCAUCCCUCCCCAAGUGUCCCCAUCCCUCCCCAAAUUCCUCAUCCCUCUCCAGCAUCCUCAUCCUCCCCAAAUGUCCUCACCCCCUCUAAGUGCCCUCAUCCCUCCUCAGUGUCCUCCUCCAUCCUUGACAUCCUCGUUCCCCACCCAUCCUGGUCCAUCCCAAGUGACCUUGUCCUUCCCCAGGGUCACUGUCCCCUCAACCAUCCUUAUCCACACUGACUGUUCUCAUUCCUCCUGACUGUCCUCAUCCUUCCUCAUCAUCCUUGUCCCAUCUCAACCAUCCUUGGCCCUCCCAAGUGUCCUCAUCCCUCCCAAGCCACCUUGUCCUUCCUGAAUGACCUCGUGCCCCUUGUGACCAGGGUUGUGACCAGAACCCUUGUCACCAGGGUUCUCAUCCCUCCAGAGCAUCCUCAUCCUGCCCCAACCAUCCUCACCCUCCCCACAAGUCUCCUUGUCCCUCCCACCAUCCUUGUCCCACUGUGACCACCCUCCUCAUCUCUCCCUAAUGUCCUUGUCCCUCCCAAGCAACCUCGUCUGUCCCAAGUGUCCUCUUCUCCCCAGAGAUCCUCAGCUCCUGGGCAUCUUUGUCCUUCCUCAGUGUCCUCAUCCCCACAAACAUCCUUGUCCCCAAACUUCUUAGUCCCUCCCAAGGACCCUCAUCCCUCUGCAGUGUCCUUGUACCUCCAAGUAUGUUCCUCUUCCCAGCUGUCCUUUUCCCAUCCAACCAUCCUUAUCCCUCCAACCAUCCUUGUCCUUCCUCAGGGUCCUCAUCCCUCCCCAGCAUCCUCAUCCCUUCCUCAUGUCCUCAUCCCUUUGCAAUGUCCUUGUCCUCCCCAAGCAUCCUCAUCAAUCCUUGUCCCUCCCAAUUGUCCUCGUCCCUCCUCAGGGUCCUCAUCCCUCCCUGAAGAUCCUUCUCAUCCCUCCCCAGCAUCCUCAUCCCUUCCAGGGGUCCUCAUCCCUUGGGAUGUCCUUGGCCUCCCCAAGCACCCUCAUCCUUCCUCAAGCAGCCUCAUCUCUCCCAGUUUUCCUUGUUCCCAAGGUCCUCACCCCUCCUUGAAGAUCCUUCUCAUCCCUCCCAAGCAUCCUUGUCCAUCCUGACUGUCCUUGUCCCACCCAAGUGUCCUUGUCCCCACCUUGUGCUGCCACCCACCAGCCGCUAGCUCUGUGCAACCCUAUUUACAUGGUGCCACCCAAAUUAAAGACCAUCCCUCCGUC